CUGUUUACUCCCCUCCCCACCCCCUGCCAGGCUCUCCAGCUAUGCCAGCAAUCUAAGGGGGAAUUUCAUCUCUAACCUUUGUCCCCAGGUCUGGCAGCUCACAUGGGUAAUAGCUAUCUCCCCACAUUGGCCCAGGGACAUCUCUCUUCCCAAACAAACCAAUCUCUCCUCACAUCCCCCACUCUGUAUUUUCACUGCCUGCAUGAGCAGAUUCUGCCAAAUUCUACCUGUAGUUGGCUUUAUUUUUCAAAUCAGAUGUUUGGCUGCUCUAUCGCCUGCAAAAAAGGGAGUCAUGCAACCAGGACAACACUCUUCCCAGAGCCCCUGAUGGCCGGGACAGAGUGGGGACUGCACUGUUGAGACCUGGAGUUGUGUUGUUCAAGGGGGGUUCAAGAAAUGAUCUCCUCAUUGCUCCCAGCCUUGGUAUUCCUGACUCCGGCCAUAGUGGCCGCUCUGAGACCCGGCAGUCAGUGUCCAGCAUGUGGGGGGCCUGCCGUGGACCUGGAGAGCCACCGGGAGCUGCUUCUUGAUCUGGCCAAGAGAAGCAUCCUGGACAAGCUGAACCUCAGCCAGCGCCCGACCCUGAGCCGGCCCGUGUCCAGAGCGGCCCUGAGGACGGCACUGCAGCGCCUCUGUGGACCUCCACAGCGGGCACUCCUGGAGGACGACAGGAAACAAGAAUAUGAGAUCAUCAGCUUUGCUGAGACAGGCUUCUCCUACACCAACCAGACUCGUCUUGAUUUCCACUUUUCCUCGGAUGGGACUGCUGGGGGCGUGGACAUCCGGCAGGCCAGCGUCAUGUUCUUCGUGCAGCUCCCUCCCAACAGCACCUGGAGUAUAAAAGUCAAGGUCUUUGCACUAAGCCCACACGACACCAACGUCACCGUAGCCAGUCGGCACCUGCUGGAGGUGAAUGCCAGCGGCUGGCAGCAGCUCAUCCUAGGGCCUGAAGCUCAGGCUGCCUGCAGCCAGGGGCACCUUACCCUGGAGCUGGUACCUGAAGGCCAGGGAGCCCGGAGCUCAGUCACCAUGGGUGACACUGCCCAUAGGCCUUUUGUGGCGGCUCGAGUGCGAGCUGGGGGCAAGCACCGGGUUCGCCGACAAGGCAUCGACUGCCAGGGAGGGUCCAGGAUGUGCUGCCGACAAGAGUUCUUUGUAGACUUCCGCGAGAUUGGCUGGCACGACUGGAUCAUCCAGCCCGAAGGCUACGCCAUGAACUUCUGCACAGGGCAGUGCCCACUGCACGUGGCAGGCAUGCCUGGCAUCGCCGCAUCCUUUCACACCGCAGUCCUCAAUCUUCUCAAAGCCAACACAGCUGCGGGGACUGCUGGAGGGGGCUCCUGCUGCGUGCCCACAGCCCAGCGACCCCUGUCUCUGCUCUACUACGACAGGGACAGCAAUAUUGUCAAGACUGACAUACCCGACAUGGUGGUAGAAGCCUGUGGGUGCAGUUAAUCUGCGUGUGACGGCGGCACCCCCAGGCGGGAUGGGCAAGUAUGCCAUCACAGAGGUACCCUUUCUCAAGAGGAGGGAGCGACCCCGCUCCUGCCUCUGUGCAUAAUGUAGAAGGUCUCUCCCUGAGCAACCUCCGAAAUUGAGGAGCUCUAGUUAAGGAGUCAUGGUACUGUCUUCACGACCACCAACCUCUGUCCUAGGGCACCGUCCGUGCACCACACCCUUCACGCUCAAACCCACUUCCGGGACUGAUCCACCUUAGCCAUGGGCCAUGCCAUCUGGCUCCCAGGCAGUGCCACCUGGUUCCCGGGCAGUGGCACGCUCAACUCACCCUUAAUCAACCCUACUACCUACCGCGUCUCCCUCCCCUUCUACUUGAUGGCACCCACUCUAGGAUGAGUUGAUUUGACGCCCUCUGUGAUCUUUCUGACCCACCAGAGAAGCUCUUUCCAUGGAUUCACCCGACAUUAAAUUACUGUUCUCCAAAAUGA